AUGUCCUCCAGCCUCCGCUCAACAUACACUGGAGUAACAAUCAACUCGGAAGGGGACUUCCUCUGCAAAUGUGGCUAUUCGAUGAAAGAUUUCACGGUCCAGGAUGUGAAAAGCCCAUAUCGCGGAAAUCAGUACUGGGCAUGUAGACGACACUCAACCGACCAAGACCGAUGUAAGAGCUGGAUAUGGUUCGACGAAACUACUCGAGUGAAACGGCUCGUUCCUCGCCCUGCAACUCCUCAGACGCCAAAGAAACAGACAGAUAUUAGGGAAUUUGGACAUCCAACGCCGCCGAAGUCGGGGUCUUUGAAGAGGAAACGGGUAAACAUAGAUCCUGGGACUCUUGAUGAGCCUCCUGGAGAUGAUAUUGAUGAUAGUGAAUUGGCCUUGGAUAUUCUGAACUCUCCAACUCGAAGGAGGCAAAGACAUCUGAGAGAUUUCGAAGUGACUCCCACGCCUCGUGCGCCCUUUGAAGAACAACAGAAUAGCACGGAUAGCAUUCAGAUUCGGCCUCUUCGACGAUUUAGAACUCCGCCUGAUCAGAUCUCAAAUCCAAGCACUCCUCAGCGGGCCGCGACAUUGAGCUCAGGGCUUUUCACCCCACCAACUGCCGGUGGCAGGAAACACUGGAAUGCUGUGGAGGCACCGGUAACACCAACUAAACAAAGGCAUACUUUCGCAUCCCCAGCUUGUACUCUUGAAGAUAUCAGUGAUUCGGAUUCCUAUGGUUGUGAUGAUGAGCUGGUUGCCGCCAUGCUGGAUAGUUCGGAUCAGAUACAAACGGCCGGAUAG